AUGGUACUUAAUAUAAUUACAGACGAUUUCGAUAGUUUUUAUGAAAUUCAAGAUGAUCUUGGAAGCGGUCAAUUUGCUGUGGUAAAACGCGUAUGUGAAAUUAGUACAGGACAUGAAUAUGCAGCUAAAUUUGUGCGAAAGAAAAAAUGUACCUCUGGAAAACGAGGUCUUAAACGAGAAGAAAUCUUACGUGAAGCCGAUAUACUCAGUGAAUUAGCGCCACAUCCAAAUAUUAUUACAUUGCAUGAUGUAUUCGAAAACAAACAUGAAAUUAUUUUGGUACUUGAAUUAGUGGGUGGCGGUGAACUCUUUCAUUAUAUUGCUGAAAAAGAUGCAUUGAGUGAAGAAGAAGCUGCAAAAUUUAUUUUACAAAUUCUCGAAGGUGUACAUCAUAUGCAUGAAAAAAAUAUUGUUCAUCUUGAUCUUAAGCCAGAAAAUAUAAUGUUACUUGAAAGGAAUAGAACUCAAAUAAAAAUUAUUGAUUUUGGUAUAUCGAGAAAACUUCGACCAAAUGAGCCAACAAAAGAAACAUUUGGAACACCAGAGUUUGUUGCUCCGGAAGUAAUUGAAUUCGAACCGGUUACAUUAGCAACAGAUAUGUGGAGUAUUGGUGUGAUAACAUAUAUUUUGUUAAGUGGUGCUUCGCCAUUUCUUGGCAAUACAAAUCAAGAAACAUUUCAUAAUAUUUCUCAAGUUGAUUAUCGUUUUGACGAGGAAUUUUUUGCGAAUACAAGUGAUUUAGCUAAAGGUUUUAUUCAACAACUUUUCGUUAAAAAUCCUCGUCAACGAGCAACAGUUGUCGAUUGUCUCAAUCAUCCAUGGAUCAAACCUCGUCGUCGAAAAGAUGAAGAAGAACGUCGCAAUGCUCAAAUCAAUAUGCCAUCAUUCAAAUCAUUUAUUGCUCGUCGUCGUUGGAAGGUACAGAUGCAUUGUGAAUCACGUACACUUCGUACAGUGACAACAAAAAAAUUUGAUAAAGAUGGAAACGUUAAGUCAGCUAAACAUAGUGAACGUAAGGGUAAAACAGCUAUCUAUGAAGGGCAAUAUUCUGAAACGGAUGAAUCAGAAAAUGAUCUUGAACAAAUAGAAAAACAAGAAAUGAUCAAUCCGAGUAAACGUGUACAUUGUUGUCCGACAAAUAUUGAAAUGAGACAGAUAAAAUCGAGUGAAUUUGCUGAAUCAUUUCAAGAAAAUGAAGAAGGUGAGGAUGAUGAUGACAAUGGUGAUAAACAACAUCAUCAUCGUCGUCACAAUUCUCAGCGAGCCGAUACAGGCGCAUCAUUGAUGAAAAAUCCCUUACCCAAUGAACAAAUCGUAUCCGAUCAACAUUCACGUUCGCAAACAAGCGAUAUGAAAAUUAUUGAAUCAGUCGAUGAAAUAACUGGACAAAAUGUUCGUACAACAGUACAAAACAAAGUUAAUACAGAUGAAAAUUUAAAAAUAUCAAAAUCGGAUAAUAUACAAUAUGAAGAAACUGAAGAAGGCACUCUAAAAAAAUCACAAUUACGUCUAUCGUCCAUCUCAUCCGCUAUUAGUUUAGAUAAUUUAGAUUCAAAUAUGUCUGGUCGAUCUUAUGCUGAAGAUAAUGAUGAUUUUGUUUUAACCGCUCUUUUAUGUGCUGCCGAAGAUGGCGACUUAGCUAAUAUUAAAAAAUUAUGUAAUCUUGCGACUAUUGAUGUUAAUAAAGAUAAUAAGCAUGGUGAAACUGCGUUACAUUUUGCUUCUGGUGCUGGCCAAUUAGAUAUUGUCAAGUUAUUAGCCGAUCGGAAAGCAAUUCUGACGGUUGUUGACGGGACUGGAAAUAAUGCUAUCUAUUGGGCAGCAAGACAAGGACACGUACCAAUAAUUACAUUUCUACAUGAAAAAGGUGUUCCGAUUAAUGUGUCAAAUCGAAGUGGCGAAACUAGUUUACAUGUUGCAGCUCGAUAUGGGCAUGCUCACGUUGUCGAACAUUUAUGUAAAUUAGGUGGCAAUGUUGAUUGUCAAGAUGACGAAGAAGAAACACCGUUGAUUGUUGCUGCUUGGCAUGAUUAUUCUCGAAUAUGUCGUAUUCUAUGUGGUGCUGGUGCCGAUCUUAAUAUUCGAAAUAAAGAAGGAGAAACAGGCUUGAUUUGUGCGGCACAACGUGGCAAUGCUGAAAUCGUUCAAGUAUUAAUCAAUAAUAAAGCACAUUUAGAUCUUCAAGAUAAAAGAGGUCUAUCAGCAUUGCAUUCUGCUUGUAAACGACAACAAAUACCAAUUGCUUUGACAUUGAUACAUGCUGGCUGUAAUAUUAAUAUCAUUGAUAAUAACAACGAAACUCCAUUACAUUAUGCUAGUCGAGAAGGUCUUUUAGCUGUUGUUGAAUCUUUAACUUCGUUUGGUUGUCGAAUGGAUUUGAAAAAUAAAGCCGAUGCAACUGCACUACAUCUAGCUGCUCGUCAUGGUCAUGUAGAAAUUGCUCGAUUUCUUUGUUUAGCUGGUUUAAAUUUAAAUAUUCAAGAUAAGGAUGCGCGAACUGCUUGUCAAAUCGCUGAAAUCAAUGGCAAUUUAGAGAUUGUUCAAUUACUUAAAGCAUUAAGCAUGGAUAAUCGUGCAGUAUUUAUGGAACAACUUACAUCAACGAAACAACCUCUGAAGAGAAUAAAAUUAAAAAUAUUUGGAAACUGUGAUACGGGCAAAACAACUCUUAUCGAUAGUUUAAAAUGUUCAUAUUUGAACAGUUUUUUUCGACGAAAUCGUCUUAGUAGUACCAAAAAAUAUAUUGCACAUCGAAAAUCAGUUGUUCUUGACGAUGCAGAGAUUUUUAAUUUAAGUAAUUCGAAGGGUGUUGGUGUUCAACAAAUAACAUGUACAGGUGGUGGACAAUACAGUGCUUGGGAUUUUGCUGGCAUGGAUACCUAUCAUUCAAUAUAUGAUCAUUUCAUUGGAGAUUUCAAUUGUAUUCAUGUUUUAUUGUUUAAUAUUCUUGACGAUGCACAAGAAUUAGAACAAAAUCUAAUUUAUUGGCUGGAAUUUCUUCGAGUUCGAAUUUCAAUACAAGAACCUUUAGGUUUCAAUGGACGUAGUGCUCAAUUAGCUAAAAUAGUACUUGUUGGUACACAUGCUGAUCUUGUACCUGAUUGUAUAAAAUCCGACGAUGGAGAUUAUACAUGUGAACGAAUUCAGCUAUUUAUGAAUCAUAUUAAAAAUCGUUAUAUCGAUGAUUUUGAGUUUCAUGAUAAAAUUUUUCUCUUGGACACUCGUGCUGCAUGGACACCAUCAAUGAAAAAUCUUAUUGCAUGUUUCAAUCAGUAUAAAGAACGAAUAUGUCAAAAAUUAAAAUCUACAACGAUAUUUCUCGAUCGAUCUACACAUCAUAUUCAACAGCAAUGGAGAAAAACAUUUGCAAGUUUUCCUAUUAUGUCAUGGUCACGUUUCGUUGAAUCUAUUCGACAAGAAGUAAAUCCAUUAGCUAGUGACGAACAUAUGAGAGAAUUAGUUCAACAAUUACAAAUCAUGGGAGAAGUUCUAUAUUUGGAAGGCGAUCCUCAAGAAGAUUUAAUUUGUUUCGAUCCCCAUUGGCUUUGUCAAACAAUUCUUGGUCGUCUUCUUAGCCAUCAAAGAAUCUGUAAACGUUAUUCAUCAUCGAACGAAACCUUUGCACUUGAUGAUAUACGAAAGUUAUUUCCUGAAAUUCCUGAUCCAAUAGAUCUUUUACAAGUAUUCAAUGCCUAUGAUCUUUGUACACAAAUCGACAUCAAUGGUGAAUUUGAAUUUGAAUUUCCUCAAUUAAAUACAAUCGAAAUCAUGUCGGAUCUAUGGGAAAAACGUUCCGGUGUUCAAUAUAUUUAUAUUGGCUGUGAAAUUCGGUCGCGUUCAUUAUCUUCAUUACUUUGGUCAGUUUUUCCACGAAUACAAGUUCAACUUCGUCGACUAAUUAUGUCCAAUGAAUUCGUUCAACAUGGUGGUGGUGACGAUGUCGAAUUAUUUCAAUGGACUGACGGUUCAAAAUUAGUUGUUGGAAUGAUCGAAUUAUUAUUAACAAAAAGUGUAUCAACACAUAUAGAAUUAAAAGCUCGUGGGCAAAUACAGAAUCGUGAACAAAUCUUCUAUUUAUUCCAUGAUAUUCUUUCGCUUAUCGAUCAUGUUUUUAAUCAAAUGUGUCCGAUGUUACAAAUAGAACAUCAUUAUAUAUCAACUAAGCAUCUUCAUUUAAAUCAAAUCUCAACAAUAAAUACAUUACAUGUGCCACUAUCAACAGCUAAACGACGUUAUUUAACUAGUGUUACAUCAUUACCCAUUACUGAGCAUGAUUCUUCUGGUUUAAUUCCUGGUUCACCUUGUUCAACUCAUUCGAUACCAUUUAUUUUCCCCGAAUCAAAGCCUAACAUUUCACCAUACUAUCGAACCUACUCACCAAAUUUAAUUUUUCAAACGUUAAUGCAACAAUCAGGAAUAAAUCAAACGUCAAUACUCGAUGGAAACAAUAAUAACAAUCAUCUAACAAUAAUAAAACAACAUCAUUCGUCGGACUCAUUGAAUAGUUGUCAUUCGACAGUAUCGUCCAAAGAUACUCUUCAUGUGACACCAAUGGAUUUUGAUGAAGAUCUUAUUGAUCUAUUAUGUUGUGGUUCAAGUGAAAUAUUUUCACAUUUAAUUGUCGGUACUGAUUUACCAAUAUCGAUAUUCACAUUAAGAACUCGACAAUUACUUAGUCGUCUAUUUGAUAAACAAGAUAAAAUAGGUAGAGAUUGGUGUCUAUUAGCUAUAGCAUUGCAACAGCAACAUCUUAUACCCAAACUUGACCAAGAAGAUAUAUUUCAAUCGAAAACUGACCAAUUAUUUGAAGAACUAGGACGGAAAAAUUCAUCAUUAACGAUUCGUUUUUUUCUUCAGAAAUUACUUGAUAUUGAUCGACGUGAUGCUUUCGAAGUCGUUGCUAAUACUUGUCCAAUAUUUAAAUUUGCCAAUACUAAUGGUGCUGUUUUACAACCAUCAUCUAAUGAACAGGAUCAACCCGAUAGUCAUGAUAGUGGUAUACAAAAUUCGAACAAUACUAUCGCGAGUCUUAAUCGGUGA